UCUUUGAUAAGUUCUUGGCGGUACACAUAUUGCGACGAUGGGUUACAUGAGAGGAAUAAACUGUUAGGAAAAUUAGGAGACAUACUUAUUUUUGUUCUUGAAUAUAAUGUGAUGUGAUAAAGGACAGCUUUCUGGCGUUGCUUGAUAUAUUAUUUGCUGAUGGUAUUGCCUUAUAUGUGUCAAGGAUUCUUUUAAUUCAGAAAUUGCGGAAUGAUAUUGUCUUAUUUGUUUCUUGAAUUUUUGUUUCAAUGAGCAACAUUCAUUAAUAUCUGAUACGUGUCUCUAUUCUCUAUUAAGAGGUUAGAUUAAGUUUGUUCAUUUUAAUUAUACGCAAUUUGUUUCACUAUGACAGUAAUGGAAUACCAUUGUAAAUAACAGUAUUUGAUAGUAGAGUUUUAACGUUAACGGAAUGGAUAGAGAAUACCCUUCUUCAACGGAACUAAGCGUCGAGUGGGACGGAUCACAAGCGUCCCUUCGAAAUGAAGGAUUAAGUUUACAUGGUUCAAAUCAAAGUCUGCAAAUGUCGUCUGCUUCACCUCGUCUGAGUCCUAUUUCAAACGAUUCAACAUCACCUUAUCUAUUGCGGAAAGUUAGUGCAGACAAAGACAAACACCAUGUCCGUCCUGGAGCGCAGUCAGAGCCUAACGAAUAUAAUUUCAACUACCGACGACGCGGAGUAUUUCUGAUAUUUAACAACAAACAUUUUCUCGAAUCAACGGGACAGCUUGAACGUGAAGGCACAGACGUAGACGCUGAAAGAUUAGAAGAGCGCUUUCAGGAUACUGGUUUUGAAGUUCGAAGAUACGAUGAUGUCACGUAUGCACGCAUGACAAAACUGAUGCAAGAUAUUGCAUCAUUGGACCAUUCAGAUUGUGAUUGUUUUGGAUGUGCCGUGUUAAGCCAUGGGCGAGAAGGUUACAUAUAUGCAACAGACAAAUUAGUUCCUCUAGAAAUGCUCACACAACCGUUCAAGGGAGAUAAAUGUCCUUCAUUGGUUGGAAAACCAAAACUUUUCUUUAUACAGGCGUGUACAGACAAACGGACUGAACAUAAACGUGCCUCUCCAUCUCGUUUUGUUAACGGUGCCCAAUCUACACAUAUUGCCAGCAGGAAGGUUCCGGUUGAAGCUGAUUUUCUUUUCUCCUAUUCAACUGUUCCAGGGUACUAUUCAUGGCGCAAUCAUCAAGAAGGAACAUGGUAUAUUCAGGCGUUGUGUAUUGUCAUUGAAAACUAUGGAAACAAAAUGGAACUAAUGCAAAUGUUGACGCAAGUAAAUAGGAUGGUGGCAUAUGAAUUUGAAUCUUGCUCAGAUGAAGAAUUUACAGAGGACCUAAAACAGAUGCCUUCAAUUGUUUCUAUGCUCACACGAUAUAUUUAUUUUAGACCUAAGAAACCAGAUAUUAGAGGGUAAUGCUUCUGAAUCAACUCGUAGUCUGAAAGUGUUGUUCAGUUACUGUAUCGAUGAGAUGCAAACCAUAAAAUGAUAAAACAGGAUAUUAAUCAAAUAUGUUUUAUCAAAUUUAUGAAGCCAUUUUCGUUAUAAACAAACACAUUAAAGUUUGAACUCUUUUGGUCACAUAAAUGUUUACAUACACAUUCAGCUAGGGUAAAACAAAACUUAUAAAUUGUAAUAUUCAAUUUGGAAAUGUUUCAGUGAUGUUAACCGAAAGACAGAGUGUGUCACGAUUAAAUGCUUAUAAAUGUAGUACAAAUAUAUUAUUGGAAGCUAUGUCCAUUUUAGUCACUUAUAAGCAAGAUUAAUGCAUUUGUUUAAAAUGAAAUGACAGUAAAACUAGUUAUCAAGAUGACUUUCCAAUUCAGAUGCACUGUCUUUGAUAAAUCUUGUUUCAUGUUUUGUUAUUUCAGAACGUGUAUGGUAUUGAUUUUCUUGCUUUCUUGAUUACAUGUAUAAAGAAUGCCCUUUUGAGAAAAAUGAGUAAAUUUUACAGAGGUUUUCAGUCUAUAAUUAUCUUAAAACGUAUGAUAACAAUCAUUUCUUUCCGUUCAUAUUUUUUAUAUUUGUUAACAACAGAAUGCACUAAGAUCAGACAAGGAUAUUUGUAAACAAUCUUUCAGUAUGACAUAUUACAUAUUUGUUAUCUUCUUAUAGAUAUACGCGUAAUAUUGACCCGUGAUGAUUUCUCACUAACAUAUAUUAUAGCAUGCUAAACUUGAUGAGUAAUGGACAUAUUCUACAAAAAUUUUGUUAUGUCUUAAGGGUUGAAAACAAAAAAGCUGAACAAUAUACUUUGAUAAGUUAUUAUUUCUUUAUGUAACGAUAAGAAUCUUAAUUAAAAAGAGAUAAUACACUUCGUGUUUUAAUUUCGUUUUCAUUAUA